AUGGAUGAUGUCAUUAAACUCAUCGAUCAUUUGAUAAAUGCCAAGUAUUCUAUUGAUACGGUGGAAUCAAUUGUGAAUCAGCUGAAUGUUCCAAAAGAUCAGAUUUAUCGAAUAUUGAGAUCUGAUCGUUAUAAGGAUUAUUUUCAAUUUCUUAAAAAGUCGAAUCAAGGCAAAGAUAAAGUCGCUCUCACUCUCGAUCUUUUCUGUUGUACACAUUAUGCUCAACAAUGUAAAAAUCAAUCCUGUCCAUUUUUACACUUGUGUCCGUACAAUAUUCGACCGAUGCAUGGCAAAUGUACGAAUAAAACAUGUCCAUAUGAUCAUGAAGUUCUAAAAAGCAAUCAUAAUAAAACAAUUAUCAACACACGUGGUUUAACCUUUCUAACAGACAAAUUACUCUUGAAUUUAGCACGACUGAGUGCUGAUCCAAGUCGAUCGUUCUGGGUAUGCACCGAUAAUGGUAAAAAAGGUGGAUGUGCAAAAAAAUCUCAAUGUGAUAAGCUACACUAUUGUUAUUUCUCUCUAAUCAAUGCUUGUACAAAAUCCUAUUGUCAACAUGUUAUCAACGAUGCAUGUGCUGCAUACUUCCGACAUAAAGAUUUGUCCGAACAAGAGAACAAUGAUAUUUUAGAAGCUUUUAGGAAAGUUCUUCGACAACGAAAGCCUGAUUACAUUACUACGAUUAGUGUUCCUUCGCACCCAUCAUGGGCUGAUCCAGCAUCAUCAAAUGACAGGUCACUCGCUUUCAAUGAUCAUAAAAGUGAAUCUCCAAAUGUUGAUGAACAACCUUUGACUCCAUCGAUUCGUUCGGUAUUAUCAGCAACAGCACCCGAAUAUAAUGCUAAAAGUCCUUCAAAAUCCGAGCUUUGUCCACCUAUAGCAGAACAUGAACAAGAUAUUCUUUUAAUCGAUUUGUUAGACGAACAGGAACGGACAGAAACUGAAUAUUAUCUAACACAGGAAGUUGGUUAUUCAAUGAAAUUGUUAAUUUGCAAAAUUAUCCAUUCAGAAUAUAAGACUUCUCAAAAGUAUGAAACCAGCUCUGGGGAAUUUGUUUAUUAUUAUUGUCCAAUAGAAAAUCUUCGUGAUCUUUUCAAAUUACUUUAUUGUCAAAAUGAGCACGAAUUAUUGAUAAAACCAUUAAUCGUCUAUUCGAACAUUCACGAUGCACACGAAGCAACGGAAUUAAAUCUUGAAAAUAAUCAAUUUUGUCUAUUGCGUCUAUUUGUAUUUCAGUCAAAACUUGUUCAGGAAAAUUCUUUAGAAAUCUACGAUCCCUCAAUGAUAACUUUUGAUCGAAUGUGGAUUUACAUGUACAAUGACCAAGAGAGUUUUUGA